UGUUCCAGAUACUUUCUGAAACACUGGCACGUGUCGGAAAGACGUUUUAUAAAGUGGUCACGUAACUACAUAUUCUUGUGUGUUUUCCAUCAUGAGUCAACAGUCUAAGAAGGAUUUAGAUGUUACGAAUUGCAGCCGUGGGCUGUGGCUGGUCAAGGUACCUAAAUAUUUGGGGGACAAAUGGGCAAACUGUGCUGGCCAUGACGUUGGGAAGCUUAAGAUUACCAGGGUUCCUGGUGAACGUCCAACAAUAACCUUUAAGUCAAGCGAACACACCAUGAAGGACGGCAAAAUUCCUCGGGAGCACAAGGUAAUCUCUCAUAGUCUUAAGGAAAUGACACUCGGAGUUCUUUCUCAACCAGAUCCUGGCAGUAGCUCGGCUGCUGCAGCUCCCGAGACACAGCAAUUGUACUUGGAGGGACAAGUCAUCCACAAACUAGAAUGUCAGCCUGUAGUGGACGACUACUAUAUCAAUCAGAAAAAGGAAGCUGUGAAGAAAGCUGCCAAGCCUCUUCGCACGGUAAAGCUUAUUGACAGACCCUUGAAUGUCUAUAAGCCUAUAUCACAUCAUAAACAAAAUGUUCAUUUAGAACAGAAGAAGAAGGCAGCAGGCAAGAUGAUUCGUGAUGAUAAGGAUAAGGUCAUGGAGUUGUUGUUUGCUGCAUUUGAAAAGCAUCAGUAUUACAAUAUUAAGGAUCUCCACAAGAUUACCCGACAACCAAUCACAUAUCUAAAGGAGAUCCUGAAGGAACUAUGUGACUAUAAUGUUAAACAUCCACACAAAAAUAUGUGGGAACUCAAGCCUGAAAACCGUCAUUAUAAGACUGACGAAAAGGCUGUGGAAAAUUCAGUGAGUGAUUAG